AUGAUUUGUGAGGAGGAACCGAAAUUGUCUACUUCUGUUAAUAAAGAUUUUGAAAAUGAUGAAGUUGACGGUAGAUUGAAUAUUUGUUAUAAUGAUCAUGAUAGUGCAGAUUUGUCUUUGGUUGAUCAUGAUGAAAUGGGGGGAAUGCCUACUACCGCUAAGUUAAAUAAAGGUUCUGUACAACUACAACGUGAAGUAGAAUUGAACGCAGAUGGAGUUCCAGGUGUGAAUACUUGUGAGACAGUCAGUGUAUUUGAUCAGCGUGUAGCCCACCUAUCAUCAGAUGAUAGUGCUAGACCCGAACUAGUAGUGAGAGACAGCUGUGGUGGUAAUCCUGCAGUUAGACAACUAUCUGAAAGCCGAAAAAGAACAGCUUCUGAUCCACCGCUAAGUUCAUCAACUUGUGUCACUCAGUCAUCGUUGGUGUUUUCAUCCACAAUGAAACAGACACCCAUCAACUCAAGUAUCUUGUACAAUGACUAUGAUAGUAUUGGUGCGUUUAAAAAGACGAAAGAUAUUGCUCAGUUUAGUGAGAAUAAGCCAAGUGUAAACGAGAGAGAGGAACCGAAAUUGUCUACUUCUGUUAAUAAAGAUUUUGAAAAUGAUGAAGUUGACGGUAGAUUGAAUAUUUGUUAUAAUGAUCAUGAUAGUGCAGAUUUGUCUUUGGUUGAUCAUGAUGAAAUGGGGGGAAUGCCUACUACCGCUAAGUUAAAUAAAGGUUCUGUACAACUACAACGUGAAUUAGAAUUGAACGCAGAUGGAGUUCCAGGUGUGAAUACUUGUGAGACAGUCAGUGUAUUUGAUCAGCGUGUUGCCCACCUAUCAUCAGAUGAUAGUGCUAGACCCGAACUAGUAGUGAGAGUCAGCUGUGGUGUUAAUCCUGCAGUUAGACAACUAUCUGAAAGCCGAAAAAGAACAGCUUCUGAUCCACCGCUAAGUUCAUCAACUUGUGUCACUCAGUCAUCGUUGGUGUUUUCAUCCACAAUGAAACAGACACCCAUCAACUCAAGUAUCUUGUACAAUGACUAUGAUAGUAUUGGUGCGUUUAAAAAGACGAAAGAUAUUGCUCAGUUUAGUGAGAAUAAGCCAAGUGUAAACGAGAGAGUAAUUGUUAAAUUGACUUGCACGAAUAAAGGCAUUUCUAGUUUCAACUUUGUCCGUGUGACCCAAGUUCUCGCAAUGGCAUCCAAGUCAACGUGUAUUGGUCGUGAAGGAGAAAAAGGGUUGGAUCCAUUUUUUGCCUGGGAGUGUCAAUGGAGUUGA